AACCCCGCGAUUACCGAGGACCAAUACACGGACCACAACCUGCUACAGCUGUUGCACCGGACGGUCUUCCAUCGCCUGGAGCGGGCCUUUGACAUCAACCAGAACUUCGAACUGGCCGAGGUCAUUGCGCAGUGGUCUGACCUGACCUUUAUGCACUGCAGCUACUCGCUGUACACAUACACGGCCAUGCUCUCGCACUCGUACAUACACCUGGAUAGGAACCUUGACGAGAAACCCAACUCAUACCCCCACUUGUACACCCACGCCAAGGGCCCCAGAGACGAGCCACAGCUGCUGGUGCGACAGAAAGGGUGGGUGCGUGUGCUGUGUGUAAGUUUGUGGGUGUAUGGGUGGGUGUAUGAAUGA